GGGGGCUCGGGACGCCGGAGCGGUGCCGGCCGGCCGCAUCUCCGGUGGACGCCGCCGCUCGGGCCCUCUGGAGGCCGGCGCGCCGUGUCCGCGAUUUUCAGCCUUGAAGAGUCGACUCCCCCUCCCCCCACCCAUUUCUUUCCCCUGCAGUAAUCCCGUUAUGGAGAGUCCCAUUACGGAGGAACUUUAUAAAGGGAUGUAGUUUGAAUUCUAUAGAGUGUAAUUUUGUGUGUGAAUUACAGUUUUAAAACAUUAAGCGUUUUCAGAAAGAAGCCUGGUAGGGUCAGUUACUGGUACAUGUGCGCAAAUAGUAAUUCUGUUUAUGAUGUUUUGUUAAGCAUUUGUGGUAACACUAGAAACAGUAAGCUGUUAUCUUCGUAAGUUGAUUUAUCUCUACAAAAUGAAUAUUUUAUAUACAUGAUUUCUAAAUGAAAGAUAGUUUAUUGGCUUUUUAAAUGCAGUGUAGAAGUUUCUCUCAUGGGAAUUUUAUGGUUCAGUAGUUGAUGAAGAAAAUACCUUCGACUGGUCAAGUAUAAUAAAUUGGUAGGCAGAGUUAGGAAGAAAGACAACAUAACGAUGCUGCAGGAAAUAGAAACAGAUAUAGACAAUAUUUAACCAAGGUGGAAGAGUUCGCUUUAGGGAGAUUUCGUUUCCUUUGACAUCAUACACGCUAAACAGGCUAUAGGUUCAAUAAAGCUUGUGGGUGUUGAUAUCCCCAGAAGUAGGUACUGAAGUUAAUGUAACCCACUUAAGUGAAUAUUGUGAUAACCUAUGUGAAAUUAGCUUUUAGAUAAUAUGACUCUAUGAAGACAUUAAUUUUUGUUUAUUAGAAUAAAACAAGUUUUUAAAAAAAUGUUAAAGUGCUUGAAAGAAAUCUGAGUAUAGGUUUUCCUUCUUGAGGCAUAAUCAGUAAUUGUCUUGAUAAACAGGCUUUGUACCUUAUAACUAAGAGUAAAGGCAUAGUUAAGGUACGUUGUUAAUUUGGAAUUUGGGGAAUAUCAGCCUCCUUGCAGAAUCCAGCAGUUUUAACAUACUUUCGUGUAUCAGCUUCUUUGAGGCCUUUAUGUUAGUAUAACACCAAAUGAUGUUAUAGUCUUAAACAGUACUAAAUAGUACCUUGCUACUUAAGGAAAGAUAUUCAUCCCACCUGAGUGUAAACUCAGGUAUAAAUCCUGUAAAGAGGGUGUGGUGAACUUCACAUAAGUAGGACCUUAUUUGAUUCUUUUUUACGGUAAAACAACAGCAACAAAAAAAACUAAUACAGGGCGAAGAGUUGAGAAAUUUCAUGUGAAGGUUUUUAGCCAUCAAAAAGUGAAAUCACUCAUGCACAAAACUACUUCCCAGAGACUCGUGCCAGGUUCUUCUUGUCAGAGAAUUAAGAGUACGAUGGAAGAUAGCACGAUCUUCGCAAAUCGGACAGUCAGCAGCAAACAAAGAAUACAGUAUGACCUUUCAUGUGAACUGUAUAGGAUGUCCACGUAUUCGACGUUUCCCGCCGGUGUUCCUGUCUCAGAAAGGAGUCUCGCGCGUGCUGGGUUUUACUACACUGGUGUGAAGGACAAGGUUAGAUGCUUCUGCUGUGGCCUGAUGCUGGACAACUGGAAGCAUGGAGACAGUCCUAUUGAAAAGCAUAAACAGCUGUAUCCCAGCUGUAGUUUUAUUCACAGUCUGGUUUCUCUUACUAGUCUGGAAUCCACCUCUAAGAAUGCUUCUCCAAUGAGAAACAGUUUUCCGCAUUUGCUGUCUCCCACUUUGGAACACGGCACAUUCAGUGGUUCUCAUUCCAACCUUUCACCAAACCCUGUGAAUUCUAGAGCACUCGAAGACUUCUCCCCGUUGAGGACUAACCCCUACAGUUACGCGAUGAGUACUGAGGAAGCUCGAUUUCUGACUUACCACAUGUGGCCAUUAACCUUCUUGUCACCCUCAGAGUUGGCGAGAGCCGGCUUCUAUUACAUAGGGCCUGGGGACAAGGUGGCCUGCUUUGCUUGCGGUGGCACUCUCAGUAACUGGGAGCCGAAGGAUGACGCUCUGUCAGAGCAUCGGAGACAUUUUCCCAACUGCCCGUUUCUGGAAAAUUCUCUGGAGACGCUGAGGUUUAGCAUUUCAAACCUGAGCAUGCAGACGCACGCGGCUCGGCUGAGAACGUUCGUGUGCUGGCCGUCGAGCGUCCCGGUCCAACCCGAGCAGCUCGCCAGUGCCGGCUUCUAUUACGUGGGUCGCAAUGAUGACGUCAAAUGCUUUUGUUGUGAUGGUGGCUUAAGGUGUUGGGAAUCUGGAGACGACCCGUGGGUGGAGCACGCCAAGUGGUUUCCAAGAUGUGAGUUCUUGAUUCGCAUGAAGGGGCAGGAUUUUGUUGAUGAGAUUCAAGCUCGAUACCCUCACCUUCUUGAGCAGCUUUUGUCAACUUCAGAUACUCCUGGAGAUGAAAAUACUGAUCCACCAAUUGUUCAUUUUGGGCCUGGAGAAAAUUCCUCCGAAGAUGCCGUCAUGAUGAACACACCCGUGGUGAAAGCGGCCUUGGAGAUGGGCUUCAGUAGAAACCUGGUGAAGCAGACCGUUCAGAGCAAGAUCCUGACGAGCGGGGAGAAUUACAAAACAGUCAGUGAUAUUGUGUUGGCACUUCUUGAUGCUGAAGAUGAGACCAGAGAAGAAGAGAAGGAAAGACAAACUGAAGAGCUGGCAUCAGAUGAUCUGUCAUUAAUUCGGAGGAACAGAAUGGCUCUUUUUCAACAGUUGACGUGUGUGCUUCCUAUCCUGGAUAAUCUUUUAAAGGCCAAUGUCAUUAAUAAACAGGAACAUGAUAUUAUUAAGCAAAAAACACAGAUACCUUUGCAAGCAAGAGAACUGAUUGAUACCGUUUUGGUCAAAGGAAAUGCUGCUGCCAACAUCUUCAAAAGCUGCUUAAAAGAAAUUGACCCUACAUUAUAUAAGAACUUAUUUGUGGACAAGAACAUGAAGUAUAUUCCAACAGAAGAUGUUUCAGGUCUGUCGCUGGAAGAGCAGCUGAGGAGGCUGCAGGAGGAAAGAACCUGCAAAGUGUGCCUGGACCGAGAAGUGUCCAUAGUGUUCAUUCCCUGCGGCCACCUGGUGGUGUGCCAAGACUGCGCCCCUUCCCUCAGAAAAUGCCCCAUUUGCAGGGGUAUAAUCAAGGGCACCGUCCGGACCUUUCUCUCAUAAAAGAAAAACCGUAUGUUUGCUUAUAUAGAAAAGUGUCGAAAACAUUGUUGAACAUUUGAAGCCAUCCGGAAUAUAGAAAGAUUGUUCUUUAAUUAUGACACUUGUAAUCUGCUUUGGUACUAGUGGUCUUGUUUCAAAAAAUAGUAUCAUUUAUCCUAUUUAAUGCUAGUCUUUAUUGCUACAAAAGGGGAGGUUUCCGUUUGGCGGGCCCUAGUGCCGUACGUGUGUGAGCACAGGCGUAGCCUCAGCGCUGGGGAGUCACUGCAGCAGUGCCUGGUGUUGGAAUUCUUUCUGGAGGCUUUGAGUGCUGCAUUAGCAUGUAGUGUAAAAGAAACGGACACCAGGAGCUCUGGACUUGCCCCAAAUCCUGGUGCCAAAUUCUCUCUGGUGUUUUUUCAUUUGUGUUUUGAAAUAAGUGUGUUUUUCUUACUGGUACAUAAGCUUUUUCUUAAUUUGUGAGAAACAUCUUAAUAAAGUUCUUUAAAAAGAUUGCACCAUUUUUUUCUCUUAAAAAUUAUUUUCUAUAUGCCUUAUGAGAUUUAAAUGAGUUAAUGUACAUAACUGGUAGUGUCUGUCACCCUGUAAGCACUCAGAUGUUAGCUGUUAAAUAAAAAAUUGAAUUCAUAAAACA